AAAAAAAAAAAAACCUUAAGCAGCAAUAAUACAAUAGGCAGAGCCCAGAAGAAUUGAAAAUGAAGAACAAACACAGAGAAACGCUAUCGAUCUCUCUCUACUUGAAUUCAAUGAUUGGAGAAAGGCUCAUCUUCGUUUUGCUGCUUAUCUCCCAAAUGAUUUGCAGUGCUACGGAAACAAAUCAGUGUGCUCCGUCUUCAUGUGGCAAUAACCACAACAUUAGUUACCCUUUCCGAUUACAAACUGAUCCAAACCAUUGCGGAAAACAUGAAUAUGAGCUUUCUUGUGAAAAUAAUUUCACAGUGUUAAAUCUAUUCAGAGGAAGAUACUAUGUGCAGGCCAUCAACUACAAUAACUUCACUAUCCGACUGGUGGAUGCCGGCGUUCAUCGACAUGAUUGCUCCUCCUUUCCUCGCUUUCCUUUAGUUUAUUAUAAGAUUGGUCCAUAUAGCCGAUAUAUGGAUUGGUCAGAAAGAUCAUAUACCAUGUUAUCGGAGAUGAUUUUUUUCAUCAAGUGCCCAAAUCCAGUGUCCUCUCCUGUUUACGUGGACACCGAUGCUUGCUUUUUACGCGGAUUCAACUCUUCUGUAUCCACGCACUACUCCUAUGUGUAUAUAGGAGACAUGGAGGCAGUCGAUUUGAUGGAGAUGUGCAGUGUGGAGAUGUUCACUUUGUUUCCUGUUCUGGCAAAGAAGAAUAUGUCCUUUAUUGAAAUUCACAGGGAACUUGCAUUUGGGUUUCAGCUUUCGUGGUUCAACAUCAACUGUAAAAAAUGUUAUGCUGAGAGUUGCUAUCUGGACAGCAGAAACCGCGUUCGAUGCACAGGUAAUCUCUUCAUGGAAAUCAUCUAUAGAAUCAUAUGGAUGCUCCCACCGAUUUUGGUUAUCCUUGGAAUGCUUUUUGCUGCAAGAAACUUAUGUGGGACUCCAUGUGUGAUAGCAUUUUUCAUUUAUAAAUGGCGAAGGAGACAUUUAUCAGGAUACAAUACCAUUGAAGAAUUCCUUCAGAGUCACAAUAACCUUAUGCCCAUAAGAUAUUCUUAUUCAGACAUUAGGAAGAUUACUACAGGUUUCAAGGAAAAGUUGGGAGAAGGAGGCUUUGGUUUUGUGUAUAAAGGAAAGCUUCGAAGUGGUCAAUUUGCAGCUAUAAAGUUGUUGGGUAAAUCUAAAGCCAAUGGACAAGAUUUUAUCAACGAGGUUGCUACUAUUGGGAGGAUCCACCAUGCCAAUAUAGUAAAAUUAAUUGGUUUUUGUGCUGAGGGAUCAAAGUUUGCUCUUAUAUAUGAAUUCAUGUCCAAUGGGUCUCUUGAUAAUUACAUUUUUUGUCAAGAAGGAUCUAUUUCUUUAAGUUGGGAAAAAUUAUAUGAGAUAUCUCUUGGAGUGGCACGUGGCAUUGAAUAUCUACAUCAAGGUUGUGACAUGCAAAUCCUCCAUUUUGACAUCAAGCCUCAUAACAUUCUUCUGGAUGAAAAUUUCACACCAAAAAUUUCUGAUUUUGGGCUGGCUAAACUUUAUCCAACCAAGGGGAGCAUUGCAUCUCUUACGGCUGCAAGGGGAACAAUAGGAUAUAUGGCACCAGAGUUAUUCUACAAAAAUAUUGGGCGUGUUUCAUACAAAGCAGAUGUGUACAGUUUUGGAAUGUUGUUGUUGGAAAUCGCAGGCAAAAGGAAAAACUUAAAUGCAACGGCUGAAAAUUUGAGUCAAAUUUACUAUCCAUUUUUGGUGUAUGACCAACUCUCAAGUGGAAAGUUAACAAUAGAAGACUCAUCAGAGGAGGAAAAUAAAUUAGCUAGGAAAAUGAUUAUAACGGGAUUGUGGUGUAUACAGAUGCAACCUUGCAAUCGUCCUCCAAUGAACAAAGUAUUGGACAUGCUUGAAGGAGAUUUGGAAAGCCUAGAAUUGCCUCCAAGGCCUCUUCUAUAUCCUGCAGAAUCAAUGAAUAUGGAUGGAGGAGAAUCGUCAUCAAUAUCAAGUGAUGUGACACCUUAGAUACAUACUAUUGUCUCAUUGAAAUAGUUGGUCUUCAGCUUUAAAAUGUCUGAACAUAAAUGUUCUGAAUCCUCUUUUACUUUUAUAAAUUGCUAUAAAGUCACAGACGACUUGAUGAUAGUUUGUAAUAAUUCUGUGUUUAACUUGUGAGUGUAAGGUAUCCUUAUUAUUGUCAUCUUCAAUGUAUGAUAAUGCAUUUGCAUUGGCUUCA